UUUUCACUUAGAAAGAUUAUCCUUCAUUAAACUACUUUAAUAAUGGCUAGAGAAAGGCUCCUACUCUUUGCUUUCCUGGUAGUCUUCUUCCCCCAAACCUGUUAUGGUAGAGAUAACAGUCAUUGCGCCCCUUCUUCAUGUGGCAAUAUCUCUAACAUUACUUACCCUUUCCGGCUGGAAACCGAUCCAAGCAACUGCGGAGACCGUAGGUAUGGCCUAUCUUGUGAAAAUAAUGUUACAGUACUGUAUCUAAAUAAAGGAAGAUACUACGUGCAGGCAAUCAACUACAAUAACUUCACCAUCCGAUUAGUAGAUGCUGGUCUUGAUCAACUGGAUUACUUCUCCAUUCCACAAUUUCCCUUAUAUGGGUCUGAACUUGAGGAUGUUUAUGAAAUGCAACCAUAUUCCAAUUUCAAAUACAAAUGGGCAGAUUCAGAAAAAUAUCCCUGCAGGUUAUCGCAGCCAAUUUUUUUCAUCGAGUGCCUAAAUCAAGUGUUCCGCCCUCUUAGUUAUGCGGAUAGUAGUGCUUCUUAUUGCAUUAAAAGUGGAGCCAAUGACUCUUCUGGAUCUCAUUUGAAGAUGCAAUACUUUUCUUGUCUGAAUAUAGACGAGUUGAGAGUAUCUGCUUUGAUGGACUCAUGCAGCAUAGAGACAGUGUCUUUGUUUCCUGCAGCAAAAGAUUUUAAUAUCAAGAAGAAGGAUAUCUCUUUCAUUGACAUUCAUCAAAGGUUAGCAUUUGGAUUUGAGAUCUCAUGGUUCAAUGUCAACUGUAUACACAAAUGUGGCAUCAGAAGCUGCUACCUCCACUCCAAAAUUCAUACUCAAUGCUUUGACGAUUACAAUUUGGAAUUCUUGGAUAUCCUAUUCGAAUUCCUCCUAUCGAUGCAAUUGGGAUCAAUGUUUCUUGCUGCAAGGUGUUUAUGUGGGACUCCAUUUGUUACUGCAUUUCUGAUCUAUAAAUGGAGAAGAAGGCAUUUAUCAGGAUACAACACUAUCGAAGAAUUUCUGCAGAGUCACAAUAAUCUAAUGCCAAUAAGAUAUGCUUACUCAGACAUUAAGAAGAUGACUGGAGGUUUCAAAGAAAAACUGGGUGAAGGAGGCUUUGGCUGUGUGUAUAAAGCAAAGCUUCGCAGCGGCCAAUUUGCAGCAAUAAAGAUGUUGGGUAAAUCUAAAGCAAAUGGACAAGAUUUUAUCAAUGAAGUUGCUACAAUUGGGAGAAUUCACCAUGCUAAUGUGGUAAAAUUAAUAGGGUUUUGUGUUGAAGGAACAAAGCGCGCUCUUGUAUAUGAAUUCUUAUCGAAUGGAUCUCUUGAUAACUACAUAUUUUCUCGACAAGGAUACGUCAGUUUAUGUUGGGAAAAACUGUAUCAGAUUUCUCAAGGAGUGGCUCGUGGCAUUCAAUAUCUACAUCGAGGUUGCGAAAUGCAAAUCCUUCAUUUUGACAUCAAACCUCAUAACAUUCUUCUUGAUGAAAAUUUCACUCCGAAAAUUUCUGAUUUUGGGCUUGCCAAAUUGUAUCCAACAAAAGGUAGCAUUGCCAAUUGUAUCCAACAAAAGGUAGCAUUUGCAUUCUCUUACAGCCAGCUAGAGGAACAAUAG